AUGACCUUUCCCUCCAAAAUAUCCGGGAUAGAAGAACAAGUCCACCUCGUCAUGUGGCCCGUCUCGUGUCGGGCCGUUCGUCCUCGUGAGCGAGCUGGACAAAAAAUGGAUCUCCUUCUCUGCCGUGUCUCGAGGGAUGCGCACGUCGACCUGAGACGAUGGCAAGACGCCCACUAUUUCCGCAAAGAAAGGGCUGUCUGUGCUGGUGCUCUAAAUGCCGAUGAGGGUCCUCGUCAACUUGCAGGUGCCCGUGCUUGCCGAGACGUGCCGGCAGGUGAACAGAUUGAGAGCUUGUGCGGGAGAGAAGGUUGCCCGUGUGCUUUCAAGGGUGCUAUUGAUACCCCAGACACAGACAAGGGGUCCAUCUAA